GGCGUUUGUUUACUUCCGGUUGUGACAUGGUUGUGAAACUCGGCGAGCCUGAGUUUGUUUUCAACUAUCAUGACGAAUUUGAACCCCACUUAACCAAUAUAAAAGUAUGCCACGUUCAAAAAGUGUCAUAGAUAAAAAAGAAAAAGGUGGUCAGAAGCGAAUGGGCGAUUUCUUCUCCAAAUGUGUAACUGUAGAUUCAAAUAACAGUUCAGAAAAGGAAACACAUAAGAAAGGCAAAGAGCAAGUCAUUACAAGUAAGAGUGAAUCAAAACUCAAGAUAAAUACAGGAAAGAAAACAGCAGAAAAGAAGGACAGUGAUCUUGCUAAAGGAGGAAGUUUGAAGCGUAAACAUACAGGAGAGAGGAUGUUUGGCUACUCUUGGACCCGGCAGGCACAGAAGGACACAGAGGACUAUAGGAAUGGAUACCCAGGCAAAAGUGAUGAUCCUGAACAAGAUUUGAACUACAUGUUCUACACAAACGAAAUUAAAUCUCGUCCAGAUGGAGACUACAUAGACAAUAUCCAUGCUGACUGGUGGGGAAAGUACAAUAAGCUGGAACGUCAUCAUGGAUAUAUCCAGUGGUUGUUCCCGAUUCGUGAACAAGGUUUAAACUGGGAAGCACAGGAACUACAGCUUCAUGAAAUUGAGAAAAUAAACAAGGACAAGAAAGCACCAAGGCGCAUCCUCACAUCUUAUAAAAUGAUGCUAGACUUCUAUGGCAUGAAGCUUGACAAUGACCAAGAUGGCAACAUUGUCAGGGCAGACAACUGGGAAGAUAGAUUUCACCAUCUUAACAGAUCCUUCCAUAAUUACCUUCGGAUAACUCGAAUCCUAAAAUGCUUGGGAGAAUUUGGAUAUGAGCGUUUGAAGGCCAACUUUGUGAAGUUCGUUUUACACGAGGGUUUAGUUGAAGAAACCCUUCCAAAUUUGAUUGAAAGCUGCAUGAAAUAUUGGAUUGGUGUUUUGAAAAAUGAUGACGAAAGGAAAGGCAUGUUUGAAUACUAUGAAGAGCUAUGUAAAAAGCUGGAGGAUAAAAAGCCGUCACCCAAAUCUUCGAAACAGGAAGCAAAAACAGGUUCUCCUAUAGGUGAGAAAUCGGAAACAGUCAAAUAUUAUGAGAAUGAGUUAUCUGAUGAAGAAGAUGGUUCACUGGAAUAUGCUGUGAAUUUAAUUGAUGAUCCCACGAAUGAUAGUCAAAUGAAAAGUAAAAGCAAGGAUCACGAGCUUUCUGAUGAAGAGAAAAUUGGUGAGGAAAGUCAAGAAAUUAAACACUUGAAUACAGAAACUGGAAGCGAUGAAGUAAAUGAGACUGACGUAGUUGAAGAAAAAUUAAAUAUCAAUGUUGCCAAAAAUGAAGUUGAUGGAAAUGAUAUUAAUGAAAAUGCUAGUGGUGCAUGUCAUGCCAUUGCUGAAGUGAAACUGGCAACAUUACAGACUAAAGCCAUAAAGUGUGAAAUGGACUGUGAGACGCUUGUUAACAACUUAGGAUAUGCAAACAAGGGUCAAAAUGUUGAAAAGUUGCAUACAGAAAAUAAUGCUAAACAGCAACAAUCUUCUGAAAUGGCAAGACCAGAAGUGAAGGAAGAUGCAGUUACUGAUAUUGUAAAUGAUCAGGAUUUAGUAAAAGCUAAAAGUAGAAAUGGUGCUGAAAUUGAAGAUACCCAUGAAUCAAAGAACAGUUUAGAAAACGGCAAAGAUGUUGGAGAAGAUAAGAAAAUUGAUAAAGAGGAAGAAAAUAAAUGUAAGCAAGAAUCGGCUAAAGAUGGAGAGCAGAAAAGUGAAAAUAAUGACGCGGAACAUGAUGCAACUGUAUCAGAAACAAGCAAUGAAAGCCAAUGUAGUGAGAAUAAAAAAACUCAGAAAGCUGAAUUUGAUGAAAGCUCAUUGAUUCACAAAGAACGUAGAAAAGAGACUCAAUCAGAUAAAAGUAAUGAAAGUAAAUUAGAUGGAGAGGUGGACACUUCUGAUGUUAUAAUGGUAUAUUCAGACACAUUGGAAAAUCAAAAUAAUUCAGCAAAUACAGGGGUGGAGACAGAUACUUCCGCUUCUGUCACAGAUAUUAAAGCUGCGACAAAGCAAGGCAACUCAGAAACAGAAUUAAUGGAAGAAGAAGCGGCUAUACAAGAAAACUUACCUGAGGCAAUGGAUACAGCUUAAGUUGACGAUAUUUGAAAUUCAAUUUAAGAAUACUGAUUAAAAGUGAUUUUGUUCGAAUAUAUCAUUUGUAUAGAUAAAUUAAAUUUAAAUGUUUGUUUAUGAUGACAAUUUUAUUCCGGCUGUUUCACCUUAACAUGUAAAUGUUCUACUUGUAAAAAAAACGCCAUAUAAAUGUAUGUUACUUUAACCUUUUCUACAUUGUAAAUGAAUUGGUUUAUGAUAAAAGGUUAAGCAUA